GUGGUAAAGUUGGACACGAUCAAGUCGCGUGCACGUGAAAUCCAAUUUUGGUUCGAUCGCCGACUGAUCGUGACUAGCUUUCCAACGUACGGCGCGGCGGCAGCUGAAGAUAAAAUAGACCGUGAUCUCUUAAGAGUACCAAACUGCAUAUACAAAGCAGGGAUCGAACAUUAAGUUGCAUUGCAAUUUGAAGGCCGUUCGGAGGCACGUCUAGCGCGACGCACGCUGGUUUCUGGAUGGGAGUUGAAGUGCGAUAAGUGAGAGUACGGACCGAGUGGUUGGCGCAAUUCGCAAAACCUAUGUUGAUGUGCAGAGGUUGUUGCAUCCACAGCCGCGUGGAAGAAAAACCAAAAAGUUUCGCUGGUCUUUUGUGAUAGUUUGUUUGUGACUCGGAGAGUGUGCUGUUCCGGAAACCAGAUCAGAAGAAAAAUAAAAGCAAGAGCUGUGAUUAUCUGAAAUUGUGAUAAAUAUUUAGUUGGAAAAUGACCGCAACGGCGACGGCGACGAAAAAGGGCGACUCCAAAUGGAACCUGGACCCGAUUCAGAGGGCCAUGGGCCAGCUCGGCUGGUGGCACAUCUUGGUUUGCGCCGUGGUCUUUCCGCUGAAGUUCCCCGUGGCGUGGCACCAGAUGGGUAUCAUUUUCCUGGGGGCUGCCAUGAACUACACAUGUGCGUCGAACAGCAGCCUCGAUAAGUGCAGCAGCGAGUGCACCAGCUGGAAUUAUGACACCAGCGUGUUCAGCUCGACCAUCGUCAGCGAGUGGAAUCUGGUGUGCGAGAAGGCCAGUUUGGUGAACCUUUCGCAGACCAUCUUCAUGUUCGGUAUACUCGUCGGUGGCGUGGUGUUCGGGUCGUUGGCAGACAAGUUUGGAAGACGACCUCCUAUGGUGAUUGCUGUUAUAGUUCAGCUGAUUAGUGGAGUCGGAACCGCUUAUAUUCCGUGGUUCUGGGGAUUCGUAGUUUUACGAUUUAUUACGGCCGUCGCUACAGGAGGAACUAUGGUUACCAGUUUCGUUUUGGUGAUGGAGAUCAUUGGCCCGAAAUGGAGGGAGCUGUUCUCCGUCCUAUACCAGAUCCCGUUCAACCUGGGCCAUUUAACAUUGGCUGGUUUCGCGUACUUCCUCCGCGAUUGGCACCAUCUGCAGUUUGGUGUUUCGAUCUUCUCUGUUUUGCUGCUGUCCUACUACUGGCUGGUUCCGGAAUCGCCCCGAUAUCUGUUCACCUCAGGCAACACUGAACGGGCUGUAGAGGUGCUGGAAAAGGCCGCCAAACGCAACAAGCUCCCGACGGAACACAUUCGUGAAGAUGUGGAACAAUAUGCAAAAACAAAGACACAUGGAGGUGCGGCCAAAGGAAAUCUGCUGGAUCUGUUCCGUACCCCAAACAUGCGGGCUAAAUCGUUAUUCAUGUGCUUCAACUGGUUUGUGUGCGGGUUGGCUUUCUUCGGAGUGGCGCAGUACAUUGGCCACUCCGGUGGUGACAUUUACAUCAACGUAGCUAUCGGAGCAGCGCUGGAACUUCCAGGAACUCUCAUCUGCAUCUACAUGAUGAAAGCUUACGGCCGUAAAAAGACGUUGAUCACAUCGAAUACGCUGACCGGUUUGACAAUGCUGGCCAUCGCUUUUGUGCCCCCAUCUGUGACCUGGUUGAAUGUCGGCCUAGCGUCCAUCGGUCUCGUAGGAAUGAGCAUUUCUUUCCCGACUGUUUAUCUGUAUGCAGGAGAACUAUUUCCGACGGUAGUGCGAAAUGUUGGAAUUGGAACUGCGUCGAUGAUUGCUCGAAUUGGAUCAAUGAUUGCUCCCUUUGUCGCUGGAAUGGGUGUAAUUGCUCAUUGGUUGCCUCCGAUCAUAUUCGGAGUGAUUCCGCUUGUCGGUGCCUUUUUCGUAUUUUUCCUGCCCGAGACGCAAGGACACCCUCUGCCUGAAACGAUCGAGGAUGGUGAGAACUUCGGCAAACGGAAAUCGAAUGGCGUCGAAAAUGGAAAACAUUAGGAGGAUGAACCUCGCCAAUACAUACAUUUUUUUAAUUCCUAUUAGCAUAUAUGCCACAGAUUAGUGCAUUUGAUGCGAACCCAAAAGCCACUCUAUUUUAUGUGUAAAACCAGUUUUAUUAUAGUAAGUAAGCGAGCAUUAGAUGAUCUGAAAAUUGUGUAAGAAAUAUCACAAAUUCAUUCCGUGUAAUCUGCAAAGUGACGAUGACAACAUUUGAUCGGAUUUUGAAUCACCAAAAGCUGACCAGACAUGAUUGAUAUUGUUAUAUUAGUGUUCCGAUCGAAAUAAAAUAAAUAUUUUUUUA